AGAGAGAGAGAGAGAGAGAGAGAAAGAAAGAAAGAGAAAGAAAGAGAACAUUUUCCUCUCCAUCGCACAACACAUUAAAAAAGAGAACUAGAGGAUGAAUGAGAUUCGUUUUAUUUAUAAUUGCAUGUGUUUUUCUGUAGCGAGAUACUGAAAAGAAAUCUCGAGUCUCGUUAUAAAGUUUUUACGAAACGUUGUUCAAAAUAUGGACAUAAAUUUGUGGAUACGAUGAAAAGAGGCCUGAGUGGUAAGAUAUUUUUUAAUCUAAUAAUUGAAAAUGCAUCGGUGCGUGUCGUGGAUCGUGGAUUAAAAUAUUAUUAUUUUUUUUUUUUUUUUUUUUUUUUAAAUACAUCGAACAAUUUUCUAUAAGAUACAUUAUAACGAUUGUACAUUAAAUGAAACGAUGUCGAAACAACGAGAAAAACUUUUUUUUCGGUGAUUUUGAUCUUUGUGUUUAAAUAAUCGGGAAUGUUAGACAAGAAAAUAGAAAACAAUUAUUUCGUUGUUCGAUCUAAUUUAUUUCCGAAGUGUCGCAAAUAGUGAAAAUUAAUCGCAAUCAUGUUCAAUGUGACAAAUGGUACGAUCAAGUUUCCCGAUUAUGAUUGGAAUGAGUCCUUCAACAAAUUCAGAUGGAAGGAACUGGCUCCUGUUCUCGUUGUCUAUUCGUCAACCUUUUUCCUUGGAUUAAUAGGAAAUGUGGUCAUUAUUGCCUCAACCCUUUGCCCAAGACUAAGACCAUUACCUGCAACCCCUACAAAUGUUUUUCUCGGUGGUUUGGCUACGGCUGAUCUAUUAUUGAUCAUCUUCUGUAUACCUGUGAAGAUCGCAAAGCUCUUCUCAUAUACAUGGACAAUGGGUCUCUUCCUAUGUAAAUCUGUGCAUUACAUGCAAAGUGUUUCGGCCAUUUGCUCCGUCGUCACACUCACAGCUAUGUCGAUUGAAAGGUAUUAUGCCAUCGUUCAUCCAAUGAGAGCGCAGUAUACUUGUACGAUAAGCCAGGCAAGGAGAAUAGUAAUAAUCACGUGGGCUGCCUCAUUUCUUUUAGGUAUACCAAUGGUAUUUACACAGAGGCACAAAGAAGUUGGACAAAGGGUUGUAGCUUAUUGGUGUGUUCGCGAUUCUGAUGCAGCAUUUUUAUGGAGAGCACACGAGGUUUAUAUGCUCGUACUUGUUCUUCUAUUACCGCUUACUGUAAUGGCCUUUUGUUAUACUGCAAUUUGCUGGGAAAUUUGGAGAGUUAUGAAACGUCGUUAUCAUAUGACGUCGAGACACGCACUCAAUCCGAACAACGUAGAUGCAGAAUCUAUACCAAUGACACAGAGACAAAUUAGUAUGCGAAAUGGACGUCGGUCACGUCGAGAGAAUGGCCAAACGGAAGAAGAAUCUCGAACUAUGAAACAGGUGGUAAAGAUGUUGGUAGCUGUUGUGGUUCUCUUCGCUAUUUGUUGGGGUCCUAUAUUAAUCGACAACGUGCUCACAGCUUACCACAUCCUACCGCGUCAGAGAAAGGGAAUUUAUAAGCACAUGAACACAGCUUUCCAUUUAAUGGCUUAUUUCAACAGUUGCAUCAAUCCAAUCAUCUAUGGGUUCAUGUCGAAACAUUUCCGUGAAAGUUUCUUAUCGGCUGCCUGCGGAGGCUGGUGGAUUUGUUGUCCAAGAAGAGGUUACAGAACUCCGAUGAAAAGACACUCGAGUUUGAGUCAAACCAGAACUACCAGCGUAAGAACACAGUGCCGUUUAGAGCGAAUCUGUUGCUCGUGGAUACGGAAUUCCUUCAAAGACUCCAAGUCACGAAACUCGACCGACAUGCAGCUUGUAGUCUGCCCAUGAAAAUGUUUGCAGCUUGGAAAAAUAUUUCUUCGGCAAAUGGUGUUAACUAGGAAGAUCUGAAAAUGCCUCGUCUUCGAUAUUGCGUUUCUAUGGACUUGAUUCUUCCUUCGUCCUCGAAACACGACGAGGGAAACUUUUCGUAUGUAGAUAGGCAAAUUUUUGGACGGGAAAACGAUGUGCGAAACGAAGUAAUUAAAAAAGUUUCUAACUAAAUAAAGAGAGUGAGAGAUAGAGAGAGAUAGAAAGAAAGAAAAAAAGAGAAAGAGAGAGAUAGAUAGAUAGGGAGAGAGAGAGAGAGAGAGAGAGAGAGAGAGGGAGAAAACCUUCAAGCUCGAGAGUUUUAAGCGGACUCUAGUAGUUGAAACGAGCAAAUUUCUGCAUAUCACACUUGUUGAGAUCACUUUCCUCCUUUCUUUCUUUCUUUUCUUUUCUUUUUUUCUUAUCUUCCUUUUCAUUUUCUUAUCUUUUUUUUUCUUUUCAUUUUUUUCUUUUUUAUUUCUUUUUUUACUGACACGAACACAUCUAUAUAUAUACACACAUAUAUAUAUAUAUAUAUAUAUAUAUAUAUAUAUAUGUGUAUAUAUACUUAUAUACGUAAUAAUUGCGAUCAUAGAACUUUGUCUAUGAUUCAUAUCAUUCUUAAGGUGCUUCUUUGUAAGACGUAAUAAUAAUUUUUAGAUAAGAUAUAUAAUAAGAGAAAAUCUCUAAUGGAUUUUCGACAUUAACGAGGGGAAAAUUGAAUCGCUGAUUAAAAAAAGAAAAAAAAAACUAUAAAUAAAUAAAUAAAUAAAUAAAUAAAUAAAUAAAUAUAUAAAUAUAUAAAUAAAUAAAUAGGAAAGAGAAAGAAAGAAAAAAAUGAAAAUAGAAUAAAAUAAGAAAAGGAGAAAAGAUUUAUUCGCUUAAGCAAAAUAAUAUAUAAUUACUUGUAAUUGUAUUAAUCGAUAAACUGUACGUUAUAUCGAUGCAUUAUAUGUGUAUACGUAUACUUCAUUAGUAUACUUAUUACACAUAAAUAAUAAUAUAUUAAUAUUGAUAAUAAUAUUAAUAAUAUAUCGUAUAUAUUAUAAUAUCGGUGUUGUUGUAUCGAAUGAAUUUUCUUUUUACAAAAAGAACACCUAUAUAAUAUAUACGUAAAUAUUUUCUCGAUGUAUAUUACAUGAAAUGAAUAUAUGUAUAAUAGUAAUAAUAAUCAUAAUAAUAAUAAUAAUAAUAACAACAAUAAUAUAAAUGUUUUUUCGAUGAUUGCAUUUCAAAGAUACGAAUCUUGUUAUAAAAAAAAAUAAAGAACGAAAAAAAAAAACGAAAUUCAUGACAGUAACUUUGUAAAAUGAUGGACAACAUUUUUGAAGUCGAAUUUCAUAUAAAAGUAUUGUUUAUAAUAUUAUCGUAUACUUCUAUCGUAUACUUAAUUAUAAUUGUACACUACAUACGUAUGUGGUAUUAUAAUUAUUCAAGUGUUAAUAAUUAUGAAAAAGACUUUUUCAAUUCCUUAUAAGAUUAUCAUAAUGGUCUACAAUCGAUUGUAAUUAAAUACAUAAAGUAUUAAAUGUAUUGAUGUUAAGGAUAAAUAAGAAAAGUAAAUUUUGAAGGAUAGAAAAUAUCGAGCGUUGUUAAUGUUUAUUCCAAAUUGUAAAUUUUAUGUCUAUUGUAUUCUAUAACAAUUGAGGAAAAAGAAAGAUAGAGAGAGAGAGAGAGAGUGUGUGCGUGUGUGCGUGUGUGUGUAAAAAAAAAAUGAAAGAUAAAAGAUACAAAGUUAUGGUCAUUUUUUUUUUCUAUUGUCAUUCAAAAUUUUUAUUUAUAUUUUCCUUUGUAAGAUGAAUAUCAUUGAUUUUCAAACAGCAUUUAUUUCCUAAUAUAUAUAUAAAGAAUGUAACAAAAUUAUACAAAAAUUCAGGAAUGGAUUUCUCGUAUGUAGAGAUGAAAAAAAAAAAGAAAGAAAGAAAGAAAGAAAGAAAGAAAUAGACUUUAUCAAUAUGAAUCAGGAAAUGCUUAAUUAUUAAUGCUAAUACUUUCAAUAAUUAUAUUGGUAUAGUAUUGUAAUAAUAUUUUAUAUUUUAUUUCUUAGAAUUACGAUAACAUUCUGUUACGAUCAUUUCUUUAUAUGAAAUAUUUUCGAAAUGUCAAUAUCAUCCUUGUUUGAAUAUUGGCCAAGAUUUGUCGUCUCAUCGAGUUUCAAAUACGCCCCAUAAAUACGCCUACUUAUGAUUGUCAAAUAAAUAUGUUUAUCCAUUAA